AUGCACCUUCUAUUAUUCUUCACUCUCCUCUUCUUAGACUGGGGUUGUUUUCAAUAUGCAGCAGUCAUGACCCCUUAUUUACUGCUACAUCCAUUGCUGGUCACAUGCUCUGACCAACAAAACUACAUCCAUCUGCUACAAGAGGACAAACUCCAGACUUCAAGUCUGCAGGAUGGGCAUCUUGGGCACAAUCAUUUAACAGCUGUAAGACUUGUUUCAAGGAUUGGGAAACAGCAGACAGAAUUACCACCUGCUCACUGCUGCUGGCACUGGAACUUUGCUUUCAUGAGUAAUAUGGUUCUUUGGUCAGGCCGGAUAGUGCUGGGCCCUAAGUUAGCAAGAGGAGACAUCCACCCAUCCCGCUGCAUCAUCGUACAGUGUGCGUCGCCUUCCUGCACAGCACCUGCAUGCCUUCACCGCAACCUGAGCAUCGAGGUGUUUGGGCAGGAUGUCCACCUCUUCCUGCUUUGGCCGCUCACACAUCCCGUCCACGAGUGGCAGCUGGUGCAGCUGGGCUGGUGUGCACACCUCAACACUUCAAGCAGUUGGCGGGAUAGUCUCCUUCCCACCAACUAUCAUCCAGAUUCUGCACCCUUUGCCCACUACCAUAGUGGUGAACUGCACCCCAAGUGCAAAUCCUUCUUCAGCUAUCGCCUGACUGUGCAUUACACGCACCAAGGGAUCUAUAUUUCUUCCCUCCACAUUAAGCAGAGGCCCCAGAUUAGCCUUAGCCCCGAUUUGCAGGUGGAACCCAUUCUGCUACACAUUUGCAGUACCCAUUCCAAAUUGCUCAGCACCUCUCGUAAGACCAUCAGCCUCUCUUGGAGCCUCCUCCCUGUCAAUUCCAAAAAAAUGGCCUACAGACUGUGGGAUGUUAAGGGUAGAAGGGUCUGGUCUACUUUCUACAAUCCAUAUGCUCUGCAGAACAAUGACACUGUUGUGCAUAUCCCACAGCAUUCCAGGAAGAAAACACUGGCCAGUAUCUACUUUUGUGUAGAUGAGGCAGGCUCUGGGGAACUAGGUGGCGAACUUGGUUACUCUAAUGCCACCUUAAAUCUAGCAUCAAAGAGUGAGCCCCGAGCACACCUCACUCUCAACACACAGAAAAUCAAGUCGGGCACUUACAUUUUUAGCCGCACACAGGGGCUUUACUAUUUCACCCAAGGAGGAAAUGCUGCCAGUUCCUCUGGCAACCUCUCAAGCACUCACUACUUUUUCUAUCAGCAUCAGUCUCUGUCUUAUUUGAUCGCAAUAGAGUUUAUCCAACUACGGUGGUACAAGUUCAGUGUACAUCUAUACCUUAACAGGAAAGGAGCCCUUCUGAGUUAUUUUUCAAGGAAAGAUAUAGAGAUUCACAUUUUCAACAGUGGUCCAUCUUUUUUAAAAAGUUUGGUCUAUAUUGUGUGGUUUAUUCCAGUGCAACACCCUCUCUUGCAAUUCAAGUGGGCAUUCAACUUAGAAUAUUUUGAUUCAAGGAAAGAAUACCUCUUUUGGAACAAUACCUAUGCUUACAGGGAUCAUGUCAGAAAUGCUGCCCAAUUCAUUCCUCAUACAGUUUUACCUUUCAACCCUGCCCUCUAUGCAGGGUAUGUAGCCCAAGUGAACUGCACAAGAACUGGGAAUACUCAAGCUGUUUUGAAAGCUACAGUCCACACUUAUGCUUCAAAGACUGUGGAAACCACAGUGACUUGCCUUCAAAUGAGUUGUUUAAUUAAGAAAGUGAAGAUCCAGAAACCUCAUCCUAAAAACUGUAUCUUAAACCAGACUAAAAGGGCAUCCUUUACUUUGUCUGCCGACACCGAGGUGAAUUGUCCAGGUUCUAAACUACGAGACAUAACCUGGAAAAUCUAUAAAAUCCCAGAUGUGAACAGUACUCCAGACUGGUCAAAACCAUUUAAUGCACCUGGCAUUGGAAGCAGAAAUCUUGUCAAGUUAGAAGUUCCUGCAUCUAGCUUAGAUCAUGGUUUGUACCUCUUUAAUUUUACAGUGAAAUUAAUUGCAAUGGAUACUUUGGAGAGUGUGGAAGACUCUGAUUCAGUGUUGGUAGCGAUUGGGCCAGGGAGUCUUGUGGCUGCCAUUGCUGGAGGUGCUGUGCAGACAGUUGGUUUUUCUAGCCAGUGGACUCUGGAUGGAUCCGCUUCUUCUGAUCCUGAUGCAGCCCAACCCUUGGAAGGACUCACAUUUACUUGGUACUGCACUAAACAAAAAGCAGACUAUGCAUCCAUGAUCUUAAGUGGAAAUGGAAAAUGUUAUCCAGAACAAGUGGAUUUGAAAUGGACAACUUCCUCUGACCCAGUUCAAACAGUCCUACCCAAAACACUUCAGGAGAAUGUUGUUUAUUAUUUUCUCCUGGUAGUUGAAAAAGGAAGCCGAACAGCUCAAGCUCAGCAAAUGAUACACGUGCGGUCUGACUCUGCACUGAUGCUGAAUAUCACAUGUAUUGAAAAUUGUGGUAGGUCAAUAAUACCAACAGAAAGAUUUUGUCUUUCUGGUAAAUGUCUAAAUUGCAGAAAAUCUAGCAGACCACUCUACCAUUGGUCACUUUUCUCACCAAGUUCCACCGAAAUACAUUUUGACUGGGACUCUAAGACUACAACUGGGAGAUCAAAUUCCUACUUAUGUAUACGUUCUUUGAGUUUUGUGAAUAUGACAGAACAAUCAUAUAUGCUUGUUUUAAAAGUGAGCGUGUGGAAAGGAGAGUCAUCAGUCUGUAGUUACUUAUUUUUUGUAAACUUUCCACCAGUACCCGGAAAGUGUGUCCUUAGCCCUGCCAUGGGAAUGUCAUUCCUAACAAAAUUCAUUGUUCACUGUAGUGGGUUUAAAGAUAAAAACUUGCCUCUUACAUAUAAAGUCAAAGCAGUAUCAGAUAAAUGGACCUCUACUAGACUACAUUCUCCAGACAACGGUAUAUUGGGGACAAUUGUGUAUUGUGGGCAUCAGCCUAAAACUCCACCAACUUUUUUACCCACUGGUGCAUCUUCUAAUCAGUAUGCUUUAACAGUAUAUGUUGAAAUUUAUGAUGCACUUGGAGCAUACUCCCAAAUAAUUUUACAGACAACAGUGAAUAGUCCAUUGAAAGGUAAGCAAAAUGAUGCCAUAAUAAAUGAAUUACAUAAUUUAACCCAUGGACCAACAGCUCCAAUAGCAUCUUUUCUCAAAAGUGGGGACUAUUUUAGUGCAGGGUAUUUUGUCUACAUGGUAGCUUCUACUUUAAAUGAUAUUGAAACCUUGCAAAAAUUUCAUUCCUCUAAAACUGAACUGCGGGAAAUCCUUCUAAAUAGGUCUGCAGCUAUCCCUACAAUAGAUGUAACAGGGGCAAACCAAAUGAUCUCAAGUAUUUCUCAAAUAACACAGGAAACCACUGAAAUAAAUAGGAAAUCACAACUACUUGCCAUCAGAAAACUCAAAGAUUUAAGUGAAGGACUGCAAAGGCAGAGCAAUGAAAACCUAAGUUCUAAGGAAAUAGAGGUUCUUUGCAGUAGUAUUUUUGCAGGGUUGUCCAAUGUCCUGAAAGCUGCUCUGUUAGAACAUAGAGCUGUUCACAGAAAUGGGGUUAAGGAAACCAUCUCUGUCAGUGAGAUUUUAGUGGACCUAAUUUUACAAGGUAAAGUUCCUGGGGAGAGUGAAACUAUUAUGGAAGCCAAUGGUUGGAGCAUCACAAUAAGAAAAGAUGAAAAGUGGGAUGUUAUCAGUGCUUUCUCAAAGAGAAAAGAUUGCAGGAACUGUUUUUAUCCCAAAAUGAGACAGGAGAACAAUGAAUUACCAGUGGAUGCUGUGAUCUCCACUGUUGUUUAUGAGUUUAACAAGAAUCCUUUUCCUUGGUUGCCAAAUACAGAUAACAUUGGCACAAUGGUGACUGGAUUCAAGAUGAUAGGAACCAAAUCUAAUGGUGACAUGCUUGGAAUCAUGCCUGAUACAGCAGAAAUUAUAAUGACCAGAAAAAAUGAAGAAACUGUCAUCUUUGAGUUGAUGAUGGGACAUGGCAGCAAACUCCCUAACACAACUGGAGAAUUUAGUUUCGAAGUCUGUAGGAAUUCCAAAGAUAUUUUCAUUCAGAUUGUGCCAAACCUAAAGGUCACUUUCCAGGCAUUUGUAUACCUAGGUUUAAGGAACAGCAAUCUUGCUGUAGCUGCUUUUAGUAUUUUCCAUAACAAACCUGCAGUACCAAGGAGAAAUAGCUCCAGUAAUAAUGACUGUGCACUUCAGACUCCGUACAUAUUUUGUCUUUCCCAGACAUUGCUCAGAACAAUAUUCCAAGGCAACAGUGCUAAACAAUCGAACAUAUCCAUUGUUUUACAAUCCGACCUUCCUGUAAGUCAGCUAGUGGGCAUUGUUAUUUUUACUGCCAGCUGCUUACACAUGGAUGGAGUCCAAAGUCAUUGGAAAGAAGACCUCUGCAGCCUUGGCCCUCAGACCAGUUGGCAAAAAUUGCAUUGCAUUUGCACAGGCAAAAAGCGUAUUCCAAGGACUGCAAAUUCUCAACCAAGAAGAACCUACAGAGAUAACAUCAACUUUUUGGCCGGGGAAGUAACUGCAUAUCCCAGUCCAGUAGAUAUGAAAAAGGUCCAGUUAACCGAAAACGACAAAAAUCCUGUGACAAUGUUGACGGUACUUUUCAUUUUGAUAGUAUACAUCAUCUUGGCUAUUUGGACAAUAAGAAAAGAUAGGGCCGAUUUGAAGAGCAGAGACCAUGCCAUAGUCUUGCCAGACAAUGAUCCUUUUGAUCAAGUGUGCUACCUGGUCACAAUAUACACAGGCAGCCGUUUUGGAGCAGCAACCACAGCCAAUGUUUUUAUUCAGCUAAUAGGCCAAAGUGCUGUCAGUGACGUACAUUGCUUAAGACACCCCAAACACCUGACUUUUCUUCGAGGGGCCACUGAUACUUUUCUCUUGACGAGUAAGAAUGACCUAGGAGAAGUUUAUUGCCUUCAAGUCUGGCACAAUAAUGCAGGUUCUUCCCCUGACUGGUUCUUGAGUAGAGUCAAAGUGGAAAACAUCUACUCCAAACAGUCUUGGGUGUUCAUGUGCCGAAAAUGGUUUGCUCUUGACAAGGCUGACGGCCUAAUAGAGAGGACGUUAGUUGUUACUCAGCCAGCAGCACCUUUAAACAAAAUUGAUUUCUUAUUGAUAAGCGUUGCCAAUGACCUGGUGGACUGUCACUUAUGGUUCUCGAUCUUUGCUCGUGUCUGUACAACUUCUUUGAACAGGCUUCAACGGCUCUCUUGUUGUUUAGCAAUACUCUUGUGCAUCCUGCUUAUCAACGCUAUGUUCUUCAACGCGGAUGAGGAUCGAAACAUGUUUCCUGAAGAGUUACAAUAUUUGAGAUCCAUAAUAAUUGGAAUCCAAAGUGCUUUCAUUGCCUUUCCUUUGCAGAUGAUUGUAACAGCUUCCCUGAAAUAUUCUCAGAAGGAACCUUCACCACUGAAUGCCACAGAGACUUACCCUCCAGAAUACUCUGCUUUCAUGUCUGGGGACUUUAGGAAUUGGCAGGAGCGUCUGCAGAAGUGGUACCUUGUAGAAACUGGUUCAAACAUCCCAGGAGCUAAUUUCAGGCCUUCCAGUGUCUCAGAAUCAUCCAAACUGGAACAAUCAAAAAAGAUAAAAUGGCGACAGGCAGGAAAAAGUUGGACCAACUGCACAAUUUCCGAGGGUGAUGCAAAUGUGAUUGCAACAGAAGAGGACUUAACCCAAGAUUCUAAACCCAAUACCAAUUCUAGUAAUAAUUAUGUGAAUAAGGAUAUGUAUCCUCAGAUAAAACCACCAAAUAUUCCCCACAUGCUCCUUUAUAGAAAGCCACAAAUAGUGUUUUCAUGGUGGAAUCAAUCUAUUUUCUGGAUGGUGGCCUUGGUCCUGUGUGCAGUGUCAUCAUUUUUUAUCAUAUUGUAUGGUCUGCACUAUGACUAUGAAACAUCAUUUGAGUGGCUAACAGCAUCCACUAUCUCUUUUUGUGCGUGUGCAUUUUUGCUUCAAACUCUGAACAUCGGGAUUUUUUCAGCCUUGGAGACACUUUAUCCCAAAUACUGUGAAAGCAUUCCAUGGUCAAGCAAAAACAACUUCUUAGAGAUUAAUCUGGAAGAUGCAACUAUGGACGCUGAUGAUAUGCGAGAAUUGCAUUAUGAUCUAGUUAGAGCUAGAGGCACCAAGCAUUACCAACCCUUGGAAGAGGAUGAAAUCACAAUUUUUAAGAAAAAACAGAAGAUUCAACAACAAGCUUUCGUUUUCAUAAAGGACAUAAUAUGUCACUUUGUCUUUUUAAUUCUUGUUUUAAACAUUGCAUACUCAAUGGAAAACACUGCUAGUUUUUACUACAACCAGGAUCUUCAAAACAGGUUCUCUCAGGAGCUUCCAAGGAUCACCAAAAUAGAGCACAUUUACAGUUGGCUGAGCAAUGUCUUUUUGCCUUUGAUCCACAACGAUAACAAACCAUCCUAUCUUUCAGAUACCUGGUCCAAAAUCCUUGGGUUACCCAGAAUGCGGCAGGUUAGAGCAAAGAAUACGAUAAAAGAAUGUUUCUACCCACAUAGUUUCGUACAUAAAUUUGUGAUUAGUAAAAGCCAUUGCCUUCACAAGUAUGGCCAUGACAGUGAAGAGCAAAGGAACUACUUUGGGUCUUGGGCAAACACAGCCAAUAGGUCUGUUUCAGAUAUUUUCCCCGAUUUUCCAGGCUUCACGUACCACUCCAUCCCUGAUCCUUGGCAAUAUAAUUCAUAUGGAGAACUAAACACUUACGGAGCAGGAGGAUACACUUUUGAUUUUUAUCCAGAAGAGCAACUGCAUAACUCAACAAAAAGCAUCGAUGCUUUAAAAGGCAGCAGCUGGAUUGAUGAGAAUACCUGGGCCCUGAUAGUUGAGAUGACAACUUUUAAUCCAGAUGUCGAUUUAUUUUGCAGUAUCUCAGUUGUAUUUGAGAUUUCUAAUUUAGGCCCUGUGAACACAAGCUUGAUGAUCCAUUCAUACACACUCCCCAUUUUCAAGCAUCUAAGUGGUAUGAAAAAAUUUGUCUAUAUAGCUGUUGGCUAUAUUCUUGUCUUUUACAUCAUUGAUGAGUUUUCUGUGGUGGAGCAACAAAGGCUAAAAUACAUAAAAACUGUUUCAAAUUUAAUUAAUUUUGGGAUAAAGGGUGUGUGUCUCUUCUUCCUUUUGCAGCUUGCCUUCAAAUUUAAAUUGGCUUCUUCAAUAACAGAAUUGCUUCUACUUCAUCCAGAUGAAUUUGUUCCAUUCCAUAAAGUUUCCCAUGUUGACCAAACAUUGCGGAUAACUCUGGGUUUCUUGGUCUUCCUCAUAGUCUUGAAAACUCUCCGGUAUUCCCGAUUCUUUUACGAUGUGCGCCUGGCUCAGCGAUCUAUUUUAGCAGCCCUUCCUGGCAUCUGUUCUAUGGCUUUAGUGGUGGCCGUGUACUUCUUUGUAUACAUGGCAUUUGGUUACCUGGUAUUUGGCCAACAUGAAUGGAAUUACAACACAAUGACUCAUUCUGCUCAGACAGUAUUCUCUUACUGUGUUUCAGCUUUUAAAGACACUGCCUUUACAUCCAAUAGGAUUCUGGGAGGUCUCUUUCUAGCUUCAUUCAUGAUGGUGAUGAUCUGCGUUUUGAUCAAUUUAUUUCAAGCUGUGAUCAUGUCUGCCUAUGAGGACAUGAAGCAACCUGUCUAUGAAGAGCCUUCUGAUGAAGCGGAGGUAGUAAAUUUUCUGUUUCAUAAGAUUCGCAGGGUCUGGUUUUUUGUAACCUGCAGGUCAGCAUCUACGGCUGAUGCAGAGCUUUUCAACAGAGUUCUGUUUGGGCACCCUGAGAGGAAAAGCACACACCACCUGGGGCUCAAAGCCAGAAAAAUAAAUGGCAAAAAAAUGGUUUAUCUUGUCAUUUGA